AUGGCUGUUUUGAAUGAAGAUAGGUUUCUUGCUCGAAUUGGAAUGAGUAAUCAAUCUGAAACAGGAUUUGGCGGAGAUGGACCAUCACUUAAGUCAAAUAUUAUAAACCUUAUAUCUGCUGUUCGAACACUAAUGAGAAGUAAUUCCAUUAAUAGUCGUGAACAUUCUGGUGAUAAUUUAUGA